AUGUCCAGUUUACCUUCCAGUUUUGAUCGCACCAAUGUGGAGUUGGAGGAGCUGUCUUUCUUUGAAAGGGUGAAAUUCCACUGUAAGCAGCAACCACUGGUGCCAAUUGGUGCUCUUUUGACGACGGGCGCCGUGGUACUUGCAGGGAAGCACAUCAAGGGUGGUAAUCAGGUUAAAGCACAGUACUAUUUCCGUUGGCGUGUGGUUCUUCAAGGUGCUACUUUGGUUGCGUUAGUGGCCGGUUCAUUCUUGUAUGGUUCGAAAUACACUCAGAAGAGCAGGGAGGAUCAGCUUAGAGAGAAGGCCAAAAUGAGGGAACAGUUAUGGAUUAAGGAAUUGGAAAGAAGAGACGAGGCUGUCAAGGAGAGAAAGAAGCGCGCCGAGAGUGUCAAGGCAAAGACGCAAGAAAAUGAAGGUGCCAUUAGAAAACUUGAAAGUGAACUGGCAGAACUGGAAAAUAAGCUGAAGGGUGACGAAAAGAAGUAA